GUUUAUAAACAAAACCGGUGUCUCCUAGUGGACAGUCAGUGGCCGACGAGCGUCUCGAACGUUGUACUUAUACGACAAAAACUUUUAACACACUACCAUCAACGUAACAUAAUUAUUUAAAAAAAAAUGGACAAGCUGUGCCUUUUUUUCGUAAUUGCUCUUUUCGCAAACACUCUGGGUCAAGAUGCACAAAAUCCCGACGACUUAGAAGACAGAUAUGGCUUUAACCAAAAUUGGUUCCCAGGCCAACAGAGGCCAAACGGAUUCCCACAAUUCCCUGGUCAGAAUCAAUUCCCCGGUCAGAACCAAUUCCCAGGACAAUUCCCCGGUCAGAACCAAUUCCCUGGUCAGAAUCAGUUCCCCGGUCAGAACCAAUUCCCCGGUCAGAAUCAGUUCCCCGGUCAGAAUCAGUUCCCCGGUCAGAAUCAGUUCCCCGGUCAGAAUCAGUUCCCCGGUCAGAAUCAGUUCCCUGGUCAGAAUCAGUUCCCCGGUCAAAACCUAUUCCCUGGAUGGACUACCCAGAGGCCACAAACUACCACUACACCUGCCAGUGGUAGCACAACCAUGUCGCCCGCUCAACGUCAGUGCAUCAGCUCUUGUCCUGUGACAGCUGAAUACAACCCUGUCUGCGGUUCCGACGGUGUCACUUACACCAACCCUGGAAGACUGACCUGUGCCCAAAUGUGUGGUGUCUCUGUCAACCUCCAGAGAUCAUCGCCCUGUCCCACCCCGCCACCGACCGUCGACGGCGUCCCCCAAACCAAUUAAUUUAUUAUU